AUGCCUUCUCCAAGCUCCGACGAAACUUUGAGUGCAAAGACAUUCAACUCUCUCGUCGAUACCACCACUGCCGGGACCAUGACGAGCAUAUCACUGACUUCGCUCGAAUCGAAUUCGACCAUGACUCCCCCAUCCCAACACUCUGAGGAUGCAGUUGGAAAGGGGAAGCAACAAUCAUGCCAACAUUGUAAUCAUCAUCCUCCUCCUCCUCCUCAUGAUCACCAUGAUCAUCAUGUUCACCACUCUACGUCCUGUUCCUUUUCCCGAUCCCCUCCUCAUCCGUCUUCCCUCCACCAACCAUCCCAACAAGAAGAUCAACAAAAGGUCCAGGUCCAAAGUAUAGAACCGGGACAAAACCCAGAACAACAAGAACAAUCCCAACCCCAGCAGCAACAACCGCUCCACAAACAACACCAGCGUCCAACAUCACCACCAUCACCACCAUCACCACCAUCACCGCCAUCAGCACCACCACCAUCAGCAGCAGCAGCAGCAGCACAAGCUCGUUCCAACCCCAGCAACAAUGGUAAAACCGCGCUAAACGAGUUCAUUACCCGCUCCCGCUCUUCGACGCUCUACACACCCUCGGACAACGAGCGGGACGAGCAAAUCCGCAUCGCCAUUCUGACGCGGUGUCUGGACAUGGAGGAUCGGUUUCAGGUCCAAGCUGCUCGGUAUUGGGGUCGUUUACAAUGA